AUGCCUGCCACGUUCACAGUGACCUCAGGCUCGGAGAGGAUCGUUCACGUAUACCCAGACAAGACCGAACGGACAUCGUCCGGUAGCGCAUCGCGAUCGCGCGUCUCCAGUAGCAGCAUCACCUCUUCGGAGGAGAGCUGGUCUGAGAUCGACGAGGACGACAUUGAUCCUUCUGACUCGGCAUCUCGUGGACACCCUGCGUCUCGACGACACCACACAGAAGCACGUCCUGCGCCAGCUCGCCGAACCUCGUCCCGCCGUCAGCCGCUUCCAGCCGAAAGAGAAAGAGAUCGUCAACGAGAGGAACUUCCAUCCCGUCSACAUUCGUCGCGCCGCCAGCACGCAAGCCGACACGAUAGCCACGAGAGCCGCUCGCGCCGUAGUACAUCCCGGCGCGUCCCUUCUGACGAGAGCUCGAGCACYGUGGCGAGUUCUGACGACUACCCUCCCCAGCCGCCAUAUGGCCAUCCGGGAGCAAUGCCGCGCAACCAAUAUCCACCCCAGUCUGGCUACAGACAUGUGCCUGCAGGGUAUCCCCCAAGCAUGACAGCUGGGGGGCCCGCCCCGUAUGCUGACCCAUACGCUCCGCCGCACCAGGCAUUGGUACACAUGCGACAAGACCCUUUCGGAUAUCCUCAGCAACCCAACCCUUUUGGCCCUCAUGGACAGCAACAAAAUCCCUUUUCUCCUAUGAGCAGCCAAGACAGCUCCAGCUACUUCGCUGCGGAAGCAAUGGCGCCGCCUCCACGACAGCACAGACCAGACGGACCGCAGCGACCACAGAGCUUCGUCGCACCACCAUCUCACUACGGGUCCGAGAUGAUGGCACCAUACCACCCACAGCCAUACGGUCCAUACGGUGGCAUGCCAUAUGCUCCUCCAUACGGGCCGAUGCAUGGCUGGUCUCCWCCACCCGCUGCGGCGUCCCCGCCUCCAGCUCCAGCUCCAGCUGCAGCUCCAGCACCACCACCUCCUCCUCCGGUCAAUCCUGACAUCGAGGCGCUGAAGGAUCUGCUGAAAAUACGCAUCGAAACGGACGAUGUUGGCAAAAAGGCAAAGCACGACGAAAUCGAGAUGCUCCGGGACAUGAUCAGUCAGCAAGAGGCGAAGCUCGCAAAGCGUGAAAAGGAAUGGGUCGCGGAGAGAGAGGCAGAGGCAGCUGCCCGUGCUGCGGAGAAGGCGAGGAUUGAAGAGGAGAAGAAGAGGCAGGCCGAAUUGGCGGACGCCCGCAAGAAAGCCAAGGAAGAUGCAGAGUCAAAAGCGGCAGAGGCAGCUAAGAAGGCCAAGGAGGAGCACGAGGCGGCAGUCAAGAAGGCCAAAGAGGAACAUGAUGCGAAGUUGGCUGAAGCUGUAAAGGCCAAGGGAGAAUUGGAGGAAGCCAAGAAAGCUCUCGAGGCGGACAUUGCCAAGAACAAGCCUACCGAUGACUCUCUCAAAGCACCGAUCAAGUUCAAAGAUGCGGUUGGCCGGAAAUUCAGUUUUCCGUGGCAAAUCUGCAAGACAUGGAAGGGCAUGGAGACUCUCAUCAAGCAGGCCUUUCUUCACGUCGACACGAUUGGCGACCACGUCCAUCAAGGCCACUACGAUCUCACUGGACCGGACGGCGAGAUCAUCCUUCCGCAAGUCUGGGAAUCGAUGGUGCAGCCAGACUGGGAAAUCACCAUGCAUCUUUGGCCAAUGGAGGAGGACAAAUCUCCUCCACCCGAUCCUCUCAUGGACUUCGGCCACCUCAACAUGAACGACUUCAUGGACCCCAAGAAGAAGCCCUCGAAGAAGGACGGCAAGAAACCUAAGAAGGCGAGCAGUCCCGAGCCCAUAAUGGUCCCUCCGAUGCACAACAGCCCGCCACAAGGCUUUGGCGACCCGUUUGCCGGCAUGAUCUUCCCUCCAGGCAUUUCCCCCGUCAUGGAUGGCGGAGAGAAGAAGAAAGCCCGGCCCAAAUCCAAGUCCAUGAAGGGCAAAGAGAUCUCUGGCUUGGCCGCUUGGUUCGCUGGAGGGAGCAUCCCAGCCCCGAAGCCGUCAAAAAAAGAUGAUGAAAAACAGGAGAUCGUUCGAGUCAAGGCUCAUCCGAGCAGUCGCAACGGCGCACCACAGACAGUGCAUGAUCAGGCCCAAUGCUUGAUCAUGUAA